AUUGGUUGAAGCUUGGUGCAGAGGGAGAUACAGUGGAGAGUACUAGGUGAGGUUUUGGUUGGGCGAUUUUCUCGAGUAAAAAUGGAGACGUCUCUGAGGUAUUCGAAGUCUUUGAGAAUCCAUGCGAAGGAGAAGCUCCCUUUCAACUCCAAAACCCAUUUGCAGCUUCAUGGAGAGCUAGAUACAGGAACUGGAUCCCCUAGUUACUUCUCUGCCAUGAUCAGACACCUUUUCCCCGAGGCUUUAACAGGGUUAGGAGUAGGAUUGCAUUAUGAUAAGCGCCACAAGCUUCGGUCUCAUGUCCGCGGGAAAAAAGAGUUUCCUAUGGGAGCUAAUAAGCUUGUGACCUUUAAUGUUAAAGGGCGGUGUGAUUUUGAUCAAGACUUCAAUCAGAAGAAUCCUAUAGGAGCCGCAGAAUUUGCCUGGAACAUAAUGAAUUUUAAGGAAGAUCAGGAUGUACGAAUCAAAGUUGGCUACGAAGUGUUUAAUAAGGUUCCUUAUAUGCAGAUUAGAGAAAACAAUUGGACUCUUAACGCUAACAUGAAGGGAAAAUGGAACUUGAGGUUUGACCUGUGACUGCAUUUUGAUUCUUCUGAGAAAUGUAUUAGUACUACACUUGGAGUAUAAACACACUUUGAUUCUUCCAAUUAAUCAAAUUCAUUGAUCUUACAAAUUAUAUCCAUUACUAUUGCAAGCCUCUACCAACGAAUGUUUCCAAGAUUAUAUUAUAGGCAAAUGUGAUUGUUCUGACGGUUUGAACUAUAGAGAAGCAACGGCUGAACCAGAGCCAACUAGACCGACUAAAAUGUCUUUUAACUUGCAAACCAUAAACCGGAAAUCCAUCAUAAUUUUGUUAACCGAUUCUAAACCGGGAUCAUCAGAGAACCAGCCGUGUUUGGUCUGUUUUUAUGUUGUGGUUUGUUUGAGCUUUAGAUGUUGGUGCUGCUCAGAACAUCAACAUCAUAACCAGAAUGAAUUUAAAAAGUCUUACAAAGUAUUAAUCUAUAUUUGCUGUCAAGAUUUGCUUACUGAUCAUCAUCACUCAGAAAGAGGAAAAAAGGAUCAGAGAUCGUUUUCAAGCAGUAGAAGAAAAAGAGACAUGGACAAGUCACCCACUUCAUCGUUGGAUUUGGUAGUGGCUUUAACUAAAAAUCAACGUGAUCACUAUGCAUAUUUAAACUAUAUCUCAAUAAUGUUCUCAUUAUAUGGCGGCAUUAUUUAAAAGCUUUGAGUGAUGAAGUACUUUUGUUUGUUAAUAAAGAAAAUUGCACUAGAUGUGACAAGUUUUAUCCCAAAUCUUUGUUAUAUACUUUUAGUUCCCUAACCUGUAAAAUACUACUGGAAAGUAAUUGAGAUUAUUAGAAAGCCAGUUACAAAAAAAAAGUAAUUGAGAUUAUAUAUCUUAUUUUUCAUGUAUGUGAUUCAUCUUUUUAGUCUUGUCGACACCAUCUUUCUACGUAAAUGGUAUCAGCUAACAAACUGUUUUAGCAUGUAAACUCAAAUGUCAAAUAUUCUGCGUAGGAUUAUUAUAUAGAGUGAAUAUCUUGUUCUCUAACACCUGAUACCAUCUAAGUAUAUAUUAAAGCUACGUCUCAACAACAAUGUUAUUUCCUUUUCAAAAAAAAAAACAACAAUGUAUUCUUAUUCCCCUUCAAUCUAUACUCCAACAAUAAACUAAUUAGUUUUGACAAUCUUUUGUUUCGACUAUAUAUGAUUUUUAUUUUUAGUGCAGCAUUCUAUUCUUUAUUUUCAUUUCACACUGUAAUUAUAUUAAUAAACCAUGAGAACAUUAAUCGCUUCAAAAGUCUAAGACCAAUCUUACCUUGGUGAAAUAAAUUUUUACAUGCUUACAUAUGCUCGAAAUAUUUUUGAAUAAAUGAAGAUUGUUUUUAAAAUCAUGAUAUUUUAUGAAUAAAUAUGUUCUCACAAUACUAAGAUCGGAUAAAACUUAUGUUGUAAAUGGUCGUUAAUUUAUGAAUUUGACUAGGUUUUAGAUAUUUUCUGCAUAUUUAUAAUCAGGAGCUUCAAAUGUUUAUAUGUAUUUUUAAAAUAGAUAGAUAUCAAAACGUGUUUUAGAAAACAUAUAAAGAUUUUAUGUAAAUUUGGAAGUAUAGUUUCUAACAAUAAUCCAUUUUUUAUCAAAAAAAACAAUAAUCCAUUUUUAUUCAAAGACGGAGAUAUGUGCGGAAAGCAAAAAAUGGGCGGUGGGAAAUCGGAAAGUGGGGAGUGCACUCGAAGACAAAGAGGCAACAAAAAUGGUCUUUUCAAAUAAAUUUAUAAUUUUUUGAUCAAAAAUAAUAGAUUUAUAAUUUUUUGAUCAAAAAUAAUAGAUUUAUAAUUUUGUCAACUAACUCGAUUUGGAAAAUAAGAAUUUCAUACGCUUGCUUCUUCUCUUUAUUUACCAUACAUUGUUUUAUAUGUUAUUUCUCUCUUUUUCUUUUCUUUUUAAUUUCAUGUAAAGCAUGCAAUCCAUCUAGUUUCUAUGCAACGAUACAGUAAAUAGUUGCAAUCUUCAUCAAGAUUAUCAACAGUAGUUGUAAAAUGUAUGCAACUUUAUCAUUUUUCUAUGGCACAUCUACGUAUUGAACGAAUGGCUAAUUACUUAACAGAUAUUGAUAAAAUAACCGUUAUCUUAAACCAUGUACAAUAUUUUGUAUUUGGUUAUAACUAUACAUCAUCUUUUUUUUUUAAUGAAUGUUAAAUUUAUUCAAGAAAAACCUUUUUACAAUGGAUGCAACAUAAAUUGAGAGUUUUUUUUUGGUAAUCUGAAAGAAAAUCUCAAACUAUAUAUCAUCUUUUAAAAAGCUAAUCUACUUUGUUGUUACAGUUAGAAAUUUGAUUACUAAUAUAGGGUAUUUUAAUCUAUCCAUCUUCUAUCAAGUAUAAGUUCUUUUCAAAAAGAAAAAUAAACUAGUGAUAAUUCAGAAUAACUUCUUAGAGUGAUAAGUAAAGGGGGUUUUUUAAUAAGAAAUAGACAAGUCCCCCUUGUGUUUUUUUUUCCCAGUUAGUUGUUAACUUGUUAUUAUCAUCUUUCACACAAACUAUUGUAUAUACGGUGUACCAUAGAAGUAAAAGGUUUCACAAGAACUUUAAUUUCUUUCUUAACAUAUUAGGCCGAUUAGGUGAUUGUUCUACACUUAUAUUUUAUAAAUAGAUUUAGUAUUUACUUUAGGCAAGACAAGGUUUAUAACUAUUUUCCAUAUUAUUUACGUUUAAAUAUACUAUGUUAUAGUUAGCCUUUAUCUAAAAGACGUUUUAGUAAUCUAAAAUACGAUUUCAUAAUUUUAAAAAGGUAAGAAACGUGCUUAUCGUGAAUCCAAGAAAAUUAUGCGUGGAUUAGAUACUGUUAUUUAUAAUUUAAAUUUUUUUAAUUUCUGGCGCUUCUAUCACCACUUUUACAAAUUCGCGUAUUUUCUGUCGAAUAGUAGAAGAUCAGUACACACGUUCAUGGAUUGAUUAACGGUAGACCUGCAAACUUAUUAUCUUCUCAGGCCAGAAAAUGCAUGAGCUAAAUUAACACGUUUACAAAAAUCGAUAGACAUUCAUAUGCACUACUGUAGUAGCUCUAGUAAAUUAACACGUUUACACAAAUCGAUAGACUUGAAAGCAAAAAAAAUUUCUCAAGUGUUCAGCUAAGUAUAUAUUAGUCUAGUGCGAGUCUGCGAGAUGUUUGAUUAUUAUUUGCCAGUUUUUCUUUCUCGGCAUGUGAAUUCAUUUUCAUCAAAAUUUUAUGAAAAUGUAUUCAGAGAUGCAUAGAGCUUCCACUAAUUAAUUACUUGUUAUGGUACCUUACAGACUACAGUUGAUACAAUUUGUUUCAUGGAUUUAAAAUUAUUUAUAUGAAAAAAAUUGGAUAGUUUGAAAAAAAAAUUACGAUAUUACAAAAAUAGAGUUUUCUUCUUUGACAAAGACCUGGUCUAUUAUUCAUUCAUUAUCCUUCUUUUGUGUGUCAUGUAAGUAUAAAGAGAUUAAGGUUGGUGAUACAUCAUUACCUGUAGUGUAGGGCUGGGUAUUUUAUCUGUUAAAUUUGAUUUGAUCUGUUAUUUGUUUUGAUUCGAUCCGAAAAAUACGGAUAUCCGUAAAGUUUCGGAGCAAAGCAAAUAGUAAAAAUCAAUAUUCAUUAAAAACGAAUCAAAUCACAAAUACGAAUUUUUUAAGAACCGGAUAUCUGCUCUGCUUUGACAACUAUAUGAAUACAUACAUAUUGAUUAAAUGUAGAGUUUUAAAUGUAUGAGUUUAUAUAAUUGUUAUUUUAACGUAUGAUUUAAUAAAAUUUAUUCACAUUAUUACUUAUAAAAUUAUUAAA